AUGAUAUUUCAUCGUUUAACGCUUCUUUCAUCUUUUAUUAAUCGCUCAUCAAAUUUUCUAAUUCAUUCUCAGCAAAAUCGAUUGUUUAAAUUAAAUCCUAAUCGCCAAUUUUCAUUGACAUCAAUUCGUCCGCAACGUGGUGAUCGUCCUCAACUAUUAACUAAUAAUGCUGUAAAAAGACCUAAAGUAAAAUUAACAUUAAAUGAUCUUGGUAAACUUUUUCGUUUAGCACAACAUGAAAAAGGUCGUAUUAGUUGUGCUAUUGUGCUCUUACUUAUAUCCAGUAGUGUUACUAUGUCUGUACCAUAUAUUCUUGGAAAAAUCAUUGAUAUGUUACAAACAUAUAAACAUGAUGAACUUCGUCGGCGUUUAAAACAAACGACAUUUUUUCUCAUUGGAGUGUUUGGCAUAGGGGCAAUAGCUAAUUUCGGCCGUGUUUAUUUGAUUUUAACAACAUCACAACGCAUUAUAAAACGUGUACGUGAACAAUUAUUUAAUGGUAUACUUCGCAAAAAAAUCGCUUUUUUUGAUAAACAAAAAACAGGUGAAUUAGUUAAUCGUUUAUCAUCGGAUACAGAAGUUAUGUCAAAUGCUGUAACACAAAAUAUAUCCGAUGGUCUUCGAGCAUUAACACAAUCAAUUGCUGGUGUUGGUUUAAUGCUUUAUAUAAGUCCACAAUUAGCAUUAGUUGGUUUAACGACUGUACCACCAGUAGCUGUUGGUGCAAUUCUUUUUGGAAGAUUUAUUAAACGAUUAUCAACUAAAGUACAAGAUGCACUUGCAAGAGCAACCGAUGUCGCAGAAGAACGUUUUUCAAACAUAAGAACGGUUAAAUCAUUUUCAAAAGAAGAACAAGAAAUACAAUUAUAUAAUCAACGAAUUAGCAAUGUAUUAAAAUUAAAAUAUAAAGAAUCAUUAGCUUAUGGACUUUUUUAUGGUAUGACUGGCUUAUCGGGAAAUAUUAUUGUAUUAAGUGUUUUUUAUUUUGGUGGUGUUUCAAUGAGCGAAGAAGCAUUAACUAUUGGAGAUUUAUCAAGUUUUUUAUUAUAUGCAUUUUACGUUGGUGUAUCUAUAUCUGGUAUAUUCUCUUUUCAUCUUGAAUUAAUGAAAGGUGUUGGAGCAAGUCAAGCGGUAUGGUCAAUCUUGAAUGAAGAACAUAAUGAGAAAAUGAUGCUUUCAAGUCAAACUCAACAUACAAUACAUGGAGAACCAUUAACACCAGCAUUAAUGCUUCGUGAUAUAACAUUUGAUUCAAUAUCAUUUCGUUAUCCAACUCGUCGGGAUGCACUUGUUCUUGACAAUUUAACACUUCGUGUACCUGGUGGACGAGUACUAGCUAUAUGUGGUAGUUCAGGUUCAGGAAAAUCAACAUUAGCUCAAUUAUUACUUCGUUUUUAUGAACCACAAUCAGGACAAAUCUCUAUUGGAAAAAUUCCUAUUAAUGAUAUGCCACUUCAUUGGUUACGCUCAAAUAUUGGUACUGUACCACAAGAACCUGUUCUAUUUUCAUCAUCAAUUUAUGAGAAUAUUGCCUAUGGAUAUCCAACUGUAGUAGAACAUGUUCCAGAAACUGUUCUUAAAAAUAAAGUUAUGCAAGCUGCUGAUACAGCAAAUGCAAGUGGAUUUAUUGAACAAUUACCUGAGAAAUAUGAUACGAAAGUUGGCGAACGAGGAACAAUGCUUUCUGGUGGACAAAAACAACGUGUUGCAUUAAGUCGAGCCAUUUUACGUGAUCCAAGUAUUCUUGUUCUCGAUGAAGCAACAUCGGCACUUGACGCUCAAUCGGAAUAUUUAGUUCAAGAAGCUCUUGAAAAAAUCAUGGUCAAUAGAACUGUUAUUAUAAUAGCACAUCGUUUAUCAACAAUAAUCAAAGCGGAUCAAAUAGCUGUACUUGAUAAAGGACGUAUCAGUGAACAAGGCACAUAUACGGAAUUGAUGAAUAUUGAAAAUGGAUUAUUUCGAAAUUUGGUUGCUACACAAACCAUGGUUGAUGUAGACAUUGGUGGUGAUAAACAAACAGUUGAAGCAUCACUUAAUGUUAUACAUAAUCGUUUAAAAUGUUAUACCAACGAUCAAAUAACUAUACUUGAUGAUAUGAUUAUUAUUGGUACAGCUUGGACAACAGCAGUAAAAGAAUUAAUUGAACAUUAUUCUCAACGUGAAGCAUCAUAUCCUGUACUUAGACAAGUUAUAUUAGAAAAUUUAAAAAGAAUAAAAAAUGAAAAAGUUGAUGAACAUCAUAAAGUUUUACUCUAUGAUGAAGAAAUCAUAAGAGAAAUGGUUGAUAUUGAACGUCGUGCAAUAAAAACAAAACGUGCAUAUGAUGAUGCAUGUGAACGUUUACGACAACAUCAUAAUUCAGCUAAAGAAAAAGAAAGUGGUAUUAAACGAUUUCAAAAUAAAAUUUUACCAAAAAAUGAAUUAGAUAGACUUGAAACUUCUGUUGUUGAUACACGAAAUAUGUAUAUUUUACAUGUCCAACAAAUAAAUUAUGCAUUAAAAUUUUAUAUAGAACAAUUUAUUGUUGAUUUAGAUAAAUUACUUAUGUGUGACCUUUUUCCACAAAUUGAACAAGUACUUGAUGAUCUAGUUUAUAGUGAAUAUAAACGUCUUCGUGACACACUUCAACGUGCAAUACAUGCAGCUGUUGAAGAUGGUGAUGAACAAAAACGACGUUUAUUACCUAAAACAUUCCAGAAUUAUCCAUUAACUGUUUUACCUCAUCAAAGUGAUCAGAUUAAUACUGAGGAUAAAUAUCAAGGACAAUUGGCAUCAUGUUACACAUCAGCAGUAAAUGAUUUACGUGAUGCUGAUCAACAAAUUCAAUUAGCAUUAGAAAGUUCAGUACUUAGUUCACAACAGAAUAAAGAUUCAAGAAUAGAUGCAUCGAAAAUUCGACUUAAACGAAUGGAGAUGCGAAAGUCAAUGGCUUCAUUUAUAAUUGAUACAUUAGAUACAUUAGUACCAAAUAUUAAAACAGUAUCAGCGUCAACUCGUAGUACAUCGAGAUUAAUAGGUGGUCUAAGACCAUUCAUUUCUAGUCCUAAAACGGAAAGUGCAGCAGUCGAUACUAUGGUAUCAACUACUCCGAAUGAGAUCGACACCUCACCAACAAAUGUAGUUUCAACGUCAACAUUUCCAUGCCAAGCAAUUGUCUUAUACGAUUUUGAAGGAGCAAAUGAAGAUGAAAUGUCUGUACGAAAGGAUGAAAAAAUAUUCAUUGAAUCGAAACCCGAAUAUGAAGGUUGGCUCGUUGCUAAAGGACGUGAUAGAUCCGGUCUUGUACCUGAAGCUUAUGUCCAACUUAUAUCAUCGACUGUAAUUCCAUUGGAACAAGGAUCAUCAAAAAUGCCUGCCAUGGGAACUGUAGUAGAGAAACCACUUCGAAAGAAGAAAACAGAAACGAAUAAUACGAACGCGAUAAGCUCAUCACCAUCGAAAGUAGACGAUGACGCCGAAUAUUUUUCUGACGAUUAA